UGCAGUCUCUUCAAGAGAAUUUAUUGUUACUCUUUCUUCUAUGGUUACCAGAUCUUUAAACUAUACUAGAGUUAAAAACAAUCAUCAUUUUGUUUCUCUCUGCAGUUACCUUUUUUUGUUCAUUUCAUUUUUCUAUUGUUUAUUUAAAAUCAGUCGCCAACGAGUUCAGUGCUAACCAUCAAGAUGUCCGUUUUCCUCAUGGUUCGUCGUAGAAAGACAACUAUUUUCUUGGAUUGUAAAGAGAAUACUACAGUAUUGGAGAUCAAGAAGAUGAUCGCAGGUAUUACCAAAGUCGAUGUCGAGGAUCAACGACUUUACUACAAUGAUGAAAUUUUGGAAGACAAUAGAUGCCUCAGCGAAUAUUACAUAAAUGAUGCUACGGCUAAGGCUCAAUCGCCAGCAACGAUUGGCCUUGCUUUCAGAGAAUUCAACUCAAGUGACUCAAACAAAUUUGAGAAACACGAAAUAACCCCUUUAUCUACUCCUCCUGAGCUACCUGACGUAAUGAAAACCCCUGACAAUGCUCCAUCUCAAUUACCACUUGAACAACAUUAACUUAAUUUCUACAGCAUCUUUGGAACUUCCCGUGAACAUUAUGAUUUGAAAUUAAUAAAUUUGCGAGAGAUGAACUCCACUAAUUGAA